AAUUCUUUAGUAAAUUGUAAUUAAUUAAAAUUUAAUUAUAUUUCCCUCUUCCAACUUUAUAUCCUCAUUCGAAGAUCCCUUCUUUUACGUUUUUAUUAAUUUCCCCUCUUCACUGUCCUUCGCCAUAACCAAAAUCCUCACAGAAAAUGAAAUCCAUAGAUCUAUUCUGCGCCUCCCCGGCUUCCACCGCCAUAUGUUCCGGCACCGACCACCGCUCCGUCGUCCGCCACCGCCUCGGCGGAACGCCGAGGGCAUGCAGGCCAAAUGCGGCGGCGGCCGCAGCCCCUUGCAUCUCCCAACUCCCUUUCGACCCUUCCCGGCCGUUCCGGAAACCUCCGACCGCCGGCGCCGCCCUCCGCCGGAAAAGCUCCGCCGACGCCGACGACAUUCCGAGAAGCCCGCCGGGAUCCGCCAGAUACUUGCUGAGCGAUAAGCCUUUCUUCGAUAUCGUUCAGGAUCCUGACCGCGGGCUUGUUUCCGGGCCGGCGUACACUUUCCGGCAACGGUAUGGCGAUAAGAUCAUCGGCGCCGGUGCCGGAGGAUUCAGGUCGUUGUCCACUAAUUAUUCCUCUUCGCCGCGAUAUGAAUCGCCGGUGUAUAAGCCGUACGAGAAGGGCGGCGAGGACGGCCGGAGAUCCUCAGCCGUCCGAUUGAAGGAUCAUCUGGACGGUCAGAAAUCAGCCUCACAGUUACAAAACUCCUCCACUCCCAGCCAUCGUCAUCAGGUUGUCGAGUUGUGGGUGUCGAUUCAUUGCAAGGGCUGUGAAGGCAAAUUGAGAAAACACAUAUCAAGAAUGGAAGGAGUGAGAUCAUUCAGCAUAGAUUUAGCAACAAAAAAGGUUACAGUAAUCGGACAAGUGACACCUCUGGGAGUCCUCUCGAGUAUUUCCAAAGUGAAGAAUGCUCAGUUCUGGCCAUCUCCAUCUUCAUCAUCGUCUUCGAUCAUCUCCAAGACUCACUCACUUCAUAAUCAAUUAAAUAAAUAAUUAUUUAAUCUCAAUCUACUAAUUAGGGUUUCUGUACCCUCACUUCCUUCGAUCCACACUUACUGUAUUAAAUUACAGGGUUUGCCUAUGUUAAUUAGCUUACAAUAAUUAUAUUUAAAUAAUAGUAUUACAUAUUA